AUGCAGACCUGGGCCCACCACGCCGAUUUGCCGUCGCCCCAGAUCCGCCAAGCCCAGUUGCCCUCGGGUCACCACCGCCUCGGAUCAACCAUCGCCCAAAUGCAGCCUACCAUGAAUCCGUCGAUGGAUAUGAGCCCUUGUGAGGAACUUUUGCUCGAGUAUUUUUCCUUGUUUGAAAACUCGGACAUAGAGACGCUCCUCGAGAACAAUCAGCAGCAGAUGGUGGUGGUGGUCCUCGCUCCUCCUGUUCCCCCUCAAUCCCCAUCCCAUCUUAUCUCUAUCUCCCUCUCCACACUACAACCUAAACCUGGGUCACCAGCCGCCACUGUCGUCCCCGGGCAUGCCUCCCUCGAAGACAGAGCAAAGGGUGUGAGUGCACGGAAGGAGGUGAGCAACUUGAUUUCUUCAAGAUUACAGGUUCAGCUCUCUUAUGUGAUUCGGCAUUCUCCAGCACUACAGAGUCACCAUUCAGGAUUCAACUUAAUUUUGUCGGUUACAUGGUCUGUUCAGCACAGGUGGAGGAGUAGCACACGCGGGUGGGGCAGAUUCACCAGCACCACUAGCAGCAGAAUUGGGGCAAGGGACAAGGAAAAAAGCAUCAUCGAAGGUCCACGUCGGUGUCGCCCAUUAGCAGUACCAGCAUCAGAGGAAGGAGAGGCAGGAGUGGCCGGAAUUGUUUGUGGUGUCGACAGACGAAGCGAACGAAGUCGGGGGCGCAUGUGGCGGCCCCGUGCGCGGCUAAGGCUAAUAAAGCAUCAUUGUGCACUUCUGGAACAACUAUCAUGGAAGUAUGGAACUAAUGCUAGCAAAACUACCCUGUGUAGUCACCCGAAGAAAAAUAUGAACUUUAUUUUCCAAUGCGGCUAGAUAAAGAUCUAGUAGAAAAGAUAACGUAAUUCGUUUCUAGUCUACUACACCUUAUAUGUCUAGUUGUACAAAUGCAGCUUCUAUAUAAUCAAAUAUUCUCAAUUGGAAUAUAUUUUUUCAGUUGAGCUA